GCUCACUAGCCACGGAGGCUCAUUCUCUCAGACCCCCACCCCACCGCUCGCAAACAUGCGGAGAGCCCUCCGCCACCGCCCGCGCCUCCAGCCCCCCACUGAAACACCGCCGGCGCCGUCAGCCCCUCUCCCAUGGUACGCCGCGCCGCGGGCGCCGCCAUCGCAUUCGCCGUCCACGACCGAGGCCGACCCCCUGAUCGUUGCCGCCUCCGAAGUCGCGCUCACUCUGCCAAUCCACCCCGCCCCGCUCCCGGCCACGGCGCCGGCGCCGCUCCUGCGCCUCCUCCCCGCCUUCACCUCCGCCCACUUCCUCUCCCUCCUCCGCUCCAACCCCCUCUCCCUCCCGCCGCUCCCGCUCCUCUCCCUCUUCCGCCUACUCCUUCUCGCCUCCCCUCCCGGCCUCUUCCGCCACACGCCCUCCUCCUUCCUCUCCAUGUCCCACCUCCUCCUCCUCCACCGCCUCCCGGACCUCGCUCGCCCGCUCCUCCGCCUCCUAGUCUCCCGACUCGGCCGCUCCUCUCCGCCGCGCCUCCUCCCACUCCUCGUCCCCGCCGCCUCCCCCGGAGACCCCGCCCGUCUCGUCUCCGAACUCGCUGCGGCCUACGCCGACGAGGGCCUCCUCGCCGACGCCUGCUCCCUCGUCCUCCUCGCCCUCCGCGGCGGCACCCGCCUACCGGCGCCCGUGUGCUUCGGCCUCAUGAGCCGGCUCCCCACCACUCCCGAAGCAUACGCUUUCUACCUGCAGCUGCUUGACGCCGGCAUGCCCCCUGAGGUCAGGCAGUUCAACGUGCUGAUGCGAGAUUUUGUUAGAUUUGGAGACCUUGCGAGUGCGCGCAAGGUGUUCGACGAAAUGCGAACCAGGAGCGUGCAGCCGACUGUGGUCAGCUUCAACACCUUGAUUUCAGGCAUGUGUAGAGCGCGCGAUCUGGACGGUGCAGACGAGCUGUACAAGGGAAUGGCGCAGAUGGGUAUCACACCUGAUGUCUACACUUACAGUGCUCUGAUAAAGGGUUUGUCCAGUUCAGGGAGGAUCGAGGAUGCAACAAAGAUGUUUGAUGAAAUGCGCGAGAGGGGCGUGAAACCGAAUGCCAUCGUGUUCACAACAUUGAUCGAUGCACAUUGCAAGGCUGGGGAUGUGAAGGCUGGAAUGGAACUGUACCAGGACAUGAGGGCAAGGGGUGUGAUGCCAGAUUUAGUGGCAUACAAUGCACUAUUGAAUGGGCUUUGUCGGGCGAGAAAUUUUGAGGCUGCCGAAUGCAUUGUGGAAGAGAUGAGGGGCACAGGUCUGAAGCCAGAUAAGGUGACUUACACCACACUCAUUGAUGGUUGCUGCAAGGACGGCAAGCUAGACACGGCGAUGGAUAUUAAGCAGAAAAUGGCGGACGAAGAGGUUGCGUUGGAUGAGGUGACAUAUACAGCACUCAUCUCCGGGUUGAGCAAGGCACAACGGCCAGUCGAUGCCGAGAGGAUCCUUGUUGAGAUGAUGGAAGCUGGUUUGGAGCCCGACAACACGACCUACACCAUGGUGAUUGACGCCUUCUGUAGGAAAGGCGACGUGAAGACAGGCUUUAAACUACUGAAGGAGAUGCAGAACAAGGGUCGAAAACCAGGAGUUGUGACAUACAACGUGAUUAUGAGUGGCCUCUGCAAGCUGGGGCAGCUGAAGAAUGCCGACAUGCUUCUGAAUGCAAUGCUCAAUAUAGGGGUGCCCCCAGAUGAUAUCACAUACAACAUUCUCUUGGAUGGGCAGUGCAAGCAUGGAAAAGUUACUGAUUCUGAAGAGCUGAAAAGUGCAAAAGGAAUGGUGCCAGAUUUGGGCGUUUAUACUUCACUGAUCAGCGAACUUGUCAAGAAGAAACCAGCUAAGAGCUACCACGAUAGAUAAGGUUUCUGGGUAAAGACAUCUUAUGAGUACUUCCUCACCGGUAGAGAACCAUCGAUCUCCGAGAUAGAAAAAUGCAAUAUGAUUAGGCUCUUCAAGUUUAGGCAGACAAAUAUUGCUACUCCACUCCUCGAUGGGGGAUACAUACUUCGCAGCGCGGCAUGGGGAAAGCCUACAUGCUAUUCUGUAAUUUUACUUCUCUGAUUAGUAAAUAAAUAAGAUAGUGGCAGAUGUUUACUUGAAAAUUGAAUUCUGAGGCGCCUUGAGCUUUUUCUUUUA